AUGUUUAAAAUGCUUGCUAGAUCAUAUCCUUCCUCUACUGAUCGGAUACAUUAUCCAGCCAUAUUAGGACAGGGCUGUCUGUCAGAAUUGCGAUACUUGAACCUAAACGACAACAGUGCCAGACGUCAUGAUAUUGCUGAGGCUGCGAAGGUGCCCCGGCCUUACUUCAUACUAGAAUCAUUUGAACCAUCUCUCGAAACCCUUUUCAAGUCAAACCGGACCAAAUCGCUCUCGGUGCAUGUUUCGGUGUUUGUCACUAUAGGAUGCAUAAAGGCUCUGAGGCUAUUGCACAUGAAAGGAUUUGCUCAUCGGAAUGUUCAACCGGCUUACUUCUCAAUCCGCUUUCCAUGCGGCGGACUACUCUGCAGGUUGUCAAUCCUCUCUCACUGCGUGUGUAGCUAUUGGACGAUACAAUCUUAUCUGCCUCCAUAA